AUGCACAGUCUCUCCUUCUUCGCCGCGCAGCUCCUGGCGCUCACUACCACCGUCCGCGCAAGCCCAGGCCCAGCCCUUACUCUGCCACCCGCGAAUUUGGCGGAACGAGACGCGAGUUCGACACGAAUCAGCACGUCAUACUACGCUCUCGCUACAACUCAGGUUCCGAGAGAUGAAUACUACGUCGGGAUGGGCAAGAACGGGACCAGGGGAAACUACUACUGGGUGUCGUGCAUCGAUGAACCUUUUACAACCAUCAGCAGCUUUGGCGGAUGCGGACGCGACGAUGUGUAUACUCGAUGCUCGGGCAGAACAGCGUUAGGAAUCGACGGUGGCGAAGUUCUAUGUGAUGUGGAAUGCGUUACGCACAGGAUCUAUCAGGACCUUGAUGUAACAACGUGGACUCCCUUCCUGGGUUGCGGCAGGGGGACCAGCACAAUGAACCUCUUGCGGACAUCAACUCAUUCAGGCGAUCAAGAUGCAACCACCACAACAGGAUCCCUCACAACGACGACGACAACUGAUGAGCCCAAUCUUGGUACCGCGUUACGACCCUACUUUGGGAUGGCCCGUCUGAUAACCCUCGUUGGUGUGAUUGCACUCGUUCAGUUGUAA